CCCCUGCUGCAGGGAGGGGCUCCGGAGUCUUGUGUCUGUGACGUGUCCUCUUCAGCAGGGUCUGUGCUGCGCCCCUGAAAGACCGGCCCGCCAUGCAACAGCCAGUUCUCCACUUCUGCCUGCUCCUGCUGUGCCAUGAGCUACAGGGCCUCCAGCUGCCCGCCACACCGGGAGGCGCUGCUGGGACCGUCAAGCCCCCAGGGAUGGAAGUGGCCCCCCUCCCCGCUUCUCCCGGUGCACCCAGCUCCCAUCAGGCUGCUGCCAGGGUGCUGCUUGACUCCCUCCCAGGGCGGCUUCCCCAGCCAGGGCUCCCACGGGUGGGGGUCUCCUGCCAGGAUUUGCUGCCCGAGGCCCUGGAGGGUUUCUCCCAGCUCCCGCCGCUGCCCCAGACCCUCAUCAUCGGGGCCUUAGCCCUCUCCCUUCAAGGGGCCGGCUGCCCCCGCCAGGCCAAGGGGCUGGUGCUGCGGCUCUAUGGGACGGUGGGGGUGGAUGAUGCCAACGCACUGCUGCUGGGGAUAGCAGGACUCCCGGGAACCCCCAGGAGAGGCGGGACCCCCCUGCUCUUCAACAGGGAUCAGCUGGCAGGUGCGGGCCCCUGGCGUUGCUCGGGCCUGGCCCGGCUUGACAGCUCCCUGCUGUUGGGCCCGGUGGUCAGCACCCACGGCGCCUUCCCAGCUGCCGCCGUGGCCUGCCACAGGCUGGGGUCUGCCUGCGCCGGCGUGACCUCCAACGGGACCACCUCCUUCUCGGUGAUCGGACAGCCUGGCGCCUACUCCCGGCCAGGCCACGGGGUCCAGGCCUGGCUCCACCGGUGCCGCUGGGCAGGAAGGAACCGGCGCGGGAGCCCGGAGGCCUGCAGCAGCAAGCAGGAGCAGAAGGUGCAUGGCUUGCUGGAGUGGGUGCCCCUGGUCAGCACUUACUACAACAUGGGCACCAGCAUCUACUACGCCUUCCAGAACUGCACGGAGCUGGCCAAGGAGCGGGGCAUCGAGGCGGCCCUGGACCUGAGCUACGACGUCCUCCUGGGGCUCGUGGGCGGGCCAGCGGGCAGCUUGGGCCUCGGCAUAGGCAUGGGUCUGAAGCCGGCCAUCAAAGUGGGGGUGCGGUCUCUGAUCAGCUACUUCCGGCAGGUGGAGCCGUCCGAGGCCCUGCCCAUGAGCUCCUCCAGCCCCAUCACCACGGCCAGCUCCUUCGUGCCGCCAUCGGUCUGGGUGUGA